GAGGCCCGAGUCAUAAUAUUUUAAAAAAUGAAAUGAAACAGAAAAGGCAGCUCAGGGAUAUGGCUAAUUUCAGGGCAGUGUUUUUAGGAAAAAGUAGACAUUUUUAGGCUUUCUAUGUAUCAGCGCUUUCCACUUCUGAUUCUUUAUCUGUAACUUAGAAAUGAUUUUGUGAAGAUUUUCCAGCAGGUUUAAAGAGUGGCUUCUGACAGGGAUAGCUCUAAACUCUGAAUGCAAACUGAAUUUACCAGGUUAAAUUAUGAACAACAUAAUGCUAGCACCAAAGUGAAUAGAGAAUGCCAAGUAUUAGUGACAAUGCUUACAAGUGUUUUUUAAAAAUUUACCAUUUGUGCUGUGACACCCCAAAUCACCUAGAGUAAUAGUUUGACACAUUGGACUGUCUGUUAGUGAUUCUUUGGGAGUAUGCUAAUGUUAAUGCCAAAUCUCCUAAAUUUAUAUUAUUUUAGGGUAAAUGCCAAUAAGCGGUAAUUUUUGGUAUGAGAAAGCAUAGUGUUCUUGUAAAAAAAUGGUUGCUUAUAUAUCAUAAUUUAAUGUACUGUGAAAUGAAUCCAGGUCCCCAAGGUAUUACCCAUACAUCACACCAGGUCUGGAGUGCUCCUAUGUCUUCUCUUCCCUAUAAAAAAAAAAAAAACCUCUACAAAGCUACAAGCAACCGGACAUUUCUUAGGUAGAGAAUGCACUAAGAUGAAUAGAAGGGCACAUUUCCAAGUAUACUAUUGUGGCAAUGAUAGAAUUUGCUAAGUAAAAGACUCUGGGUAGACAAACUUUCAUUUGAUUUCUGACUUGGAUACUUACUAGCUUUGGUAUCUGGAGAAAAUAACAUUAUUAAUGGACCUUAAGUUUUUUUUUAAUUUUAUUUUAUUUUGUUAUGUUAUGUUAGUCACCAUACAUCAUUAGUUUUUGAUGUAGUGACCUUAAGUUUUCUUAUCUACUUAAUGGGAAUCAUAUUAUCUUGUGAUUCUUGUUGAGAAAAUAAAGUAAAUACCUGUUACGUAAGCCCAUAAAACACAACCUGAUGCCUGCUGAUGUCUUCUUACUCCAGAUCCCUAAGCUUCUUUGUGGAAUUAAGAAAUAAAUGCUUCUCAGACCACUCCGUGGAAUUUGAUUUCUGGGAUCUUAGGAGUAAUCUGCCUUUUUUUGAUGGCUACUAUGGGAAUUUUGUUGAAAGAUUUAUAUCCCAAACAAAGUAUUCAGCCAACAUUGUCUCCAGAUGCAAUCACAGAACUCCAGAAAGGCUCUAACUGUUGUUCUUGCCCAGAAAGGUGGAUUGGGUACCACUGCAACUGCUACUUCUUUUCUGGUGAAUUAAAAACCUGGAAAGAAAGUCGUGAUUUCUGUGUGUCUCAGAAUUCCAGUCUACUUCAGAUUGAAAACGGAGAUAAAUUGCAUUUUAUGAGCUCCAUUAAAUAUUUUUACUGGAUUGGACUCUCUUACCAUAAAGAAUGUGAUGCCUGGUUGUGGGAAGAUGGCUCCAGUGUCUCCCAAGAUCUAUUGCCAUUAGUUCAAAAAUUAAGUCCAGAGAAAUGCGUAAUCUAUAAUGCAAGACAAAGUGUUUUCGAUAUAUCCUGUGACAAUAAAUAUCAUUUUAUAUGUAAACAAAAACUUAUUUAGUGUUUCUUGGAGUGGAAGGGGUGGGUGGUGAAGAUUCAGUAGUAUAAGAACAUGACUUUACCUCUUAUAUUAUUGCUAAUUAUCUACUUCUGGGAUUUGUAAAAUGUUUCAAAUCAUGUCUUGUGAUACAAUUUUCACAUAUUUGAAAUAAUGUUUUAAAAUUGGUGGAAUUUGUUCACCUAUAUCUGUAAUAACAAUGAAUCAAGGUAAAGAAUUUCAGUACUGUUGUGACUUAAUGUAUAUGUUUAAUAUUAAAUUUAAUGUGUUUUAUGCAUAUAUUCUUGUAAAUUUUCUUUGCAGAAAUUCAAAUAAAAUAAUUUGCAUCAAAUGA